AUGGGGCUUUUAACAAUCAUUAGAAACCAAAAGAGAAAAGACAGAGAGAUUCGGAUGUUGGUUUUAGGGCUCGAUAAUUCGGGCAAGACCACUAUUGUCAAAAAUAUGUUGCACGAGGAUGUAGACAGCAUUUCACCAACAAUGGGAUUUCGAAUACAGUCAUUGCCAUACAAAGACUAUACCAUAAACAUGUGGGAUAUUGGAGGGCAAACCAGCUUAAGAGCAUUUUGGAGCAAUUACUUUGACAAGACGGAUGUUGUUCUAUGGGUCAUUGAUGGUCUUAGUUUGGAGCGAAUAGAAGAGUCGUAUCGAGAGUUGCGUGACAAAAUCAUUGAACAAGAUAGAUUAGUUGGGGUGUAUUUGCUAAUCGCCAUAAAUAAAACUGAUUUGAUACCAGACGCAGAAUUGGCCCGAUUGAAGGUAAUUGUUACUGGCCUUUUGCAAUUGGAGAAGAUGAUUCCUGAACGAGAUCAUUGGGAUAUCAAGUUGGUAAGUGGCAAGACUGGCUCCGGUAUUGGAAAAGUAUUGGACUGGGUGGUUUCAAGGGAGUACUAG